AAAAGAUAGUAAGCUUAUUAGUGAAUAUGCUGGCUAUGUGAAAAAUUUGCGUAAUGCUGAAAACAAAGAUGAGUAUAUAAAAUAUACUGCUAUAACUCUUUUUCCGGAUGAAGAAGCGUACAACAAAAGAAUGACUAGAUAUAGAAAAUGGUAUCAAGGUAAAAAGGAGCUACUUACCAGUGUAGAAGAUUUAUAUGAUCUUUAUUAUAAGCUAUCCAAAAAAUAUAGGCCUAUGACUGAAACAGAAAUUGAGAAAGCUGUUGAAGAUGUACUUAUAGACGAGUAG